CCCAGGCAUCACAUCUCGUCACUUCAUCAUGGAAGAGAAAGAGCGGGUUCACGAGCCGCGGCUGGAGAAGGAGUCGGGAGAUGAUUUGCGGCGUCCUGCAAGCACAACGACUCUAACUCCGAUAGAGAAGCUCCCCACGCCAUCGCCCCGGAUGCAGCCCACGCGCCUCGCCUCCACGCCCUACGCGACGGACUACGAGCUUGCGGAACUCGACCUCGCUCAGCACGGGACGUACUCGUCGCUGCCCCCGUCGCCGCGUGCCGCCCAAUUCGACUUUGAGUACGCGCACGAGGUGGACGUCGACGAUGUGCUUGCCAGGCUGGAUCCAGGAGGCUCGCCGCGCGUCACGCGCCGCCGCUUGUCGCUUGGCAGUGCCAGCGCAAGCGCUAGCGCGCACGAGAGCGAGCGCGAACUGGACGAGGUCGAGCAGUUCUGGCCCGCUAGAAGCAGACGCCAGACACUCGACUCGACGCAAGUGCCGCCGCCCAUCUCCCCAACUUCAGAGCAUACCGAGACGAGAGAUGCGCCGCCCGACUCCGAACGCACAGGGCUGAGUAUUUGGGAUCUGCUGAGAGACGAGGACGCGGCCGAGCAGUGGGAAGGCUGGAUUGCCGACGGCAAGUGGGAACGCAUCGCCAACUUCCUCGCCGUGCCCCUCGCCGUGGAGAAGGUGACGACUUUCGGCGCACUCCUCUGUCUCGACGGCUUCCUGUACAACUUUACGAUCUUGCCUAUCCGCGCGACGUUUGCGUUCACGCGCAUCCUGUCGCGCCUCGUGCGCCGUCAGCCCCUCACCCCCAUCCCGCCUGCACACGUGCAGAGUGUGCUCCGGCUGCUCCUUCUCGUUAUACCCGCGGCGGUGUUACUCGUCAGCACCGACGCGAGCAAGAUGUAUCAUUCCGUACGCGGGCAGGAGACGAUCAAAUUAUAUGUCAUCUUCAACGCAUUGGAGAUCGGCGACCGGUUGUGCUGCGCCUUUGGGCAGGAUGUGCUCGAUACGCUGUUUGCGCGUGAUACCUUGGACACGCUCACGUACAACGUGCAGCGGAACGGCAAGAGACGGAAGAGAGAGCACGUCCGCCCAGCAUUCUUCUUCUUUCUCUCCCUGGGCUAUGUCUUGAUUCACACCAUCAUCUUCUUCUACAUGCUUAUCGCGCUCAAUGUCGCGAUCAACUCGUAUGACUACACGCUCAUCUCUCUCCUUAUCAGCAACCAGUUUGUGGAGAUCAAGGGCUCUGUCUUCAAGAAGUUCGAGAAGGAGAACCUCUUCCAGAUCAUGUGUGCCGACAUUGUGGAACGCUUCCAGCUUGGAACAAUGUUGCUGGUCAUCGCGAUGCGCAACAUGAUGGAGAUGGCGGGCUCAGACCUCGCUUUCCUCCCGAAGAGCUUCACGAGGGGCAAGAGUUUGCUUGAGCGCAUCUUCUCUCCGGUGCUCUUUGUCCUUGCAUCCGAGAUGAUCGUCGACUGGAUGAAGCACGCCUUCAUCGCCAAGUUUAACCACGUCCGCGCUUCCGUCUACGACCGUUUCACCGACAUCCUUGCCAAGGACGUGCUACUGGCCGGAACCAUUGGCAGCAGCUCUGGCAAGCGGAAACGCAAGCAUCCUAUUCUCCUCGAUCAAUCGCCUCUGGUUGCCCGCCGACUGGGAAUCGCGAACAUCCCCCUCGCAGUGCUCGUAAUUCGCAUCAGUGCCCAGAUUGUGGGGAUGUUGACAAGUACUUCGACGCAGGCUAUCGACGGGCGAAGCCUCAGCUCUGACUGGAUCUGGUUGUCGCUCAAGUGGGCGCUUGCGAUCCUCAUCACAGCCAGCAUCUGGGGAUGCCUCAUCGCGCUCAAGAUCCUGCUCGGCCUCGGCCUACUCAGCUUCUCUGCACUCCGUCAAGCGGGAAUGGACGAGCGCGAGGCACAGGAUGCAGUCAAUGAUUUCGGGCGCGCACCCGUGGGAGUCAGCAAGGAGGAGAUAGCGUACAACAAAGAGACGUCGCGGUACCUCUCCCAGCCCGACGACGACCUCCCUGACCACCCAUCUGCCCCCGUCCUGCAAUCUCCCCCGCUGUCAAAGCGCGCCGAGGCGGAAGGUGCAGGCGCGAGAGGCGAAGGAAGACCCAGCGGGAAGAAGAAGGCGUGGCGGCUGGAGGAGGUCGAGCGCUGGACCAUGGUGAAACGUAUAUGGUAGACCCUCCGACUUCCAACUUCACCUCGCCUCCCCAACCAACCCAUCCCCGUCCCCAGCCCGUCCAGCUGCGUCCAGACCGUCAUGCCGCAUCGCCGACACUGUUGUAAUCCUAGUUUGAUGCAUUCGCUCGUC